AUGAAGUUCUCAUCUGCUGUCUUAUUAUCCGCCGCUGCUGGUUCCGCUUUAGCCGCUGGUUCUUCCGCUGGUUACAACACCACUGAAACCGCCACCGCUAUCUCCACCACCGUCAUCACCAUCAUCUCCUGUAAGGACCACUCUUGUACCCCAGUUCCAGUCACCACUGGUGUUACCACCGUCACCAAGGUUGACACUACCUACACCACCUACUGUCCAUUAUCCACCACCUCCGCUAAGCCAGCUCCAGCUACUUCCCCAGCUCCAGCUCCAGCUACCACCCCAGCUACCACCACCAAGGCUCCAGGUACCACCUCCGUCCCAGCUGUUGUCACCCCAACCGGUGCUGCCGCUGUUGUUGGUGCUCCAUUAGUUGCUGCUGGUUUAAUGGCUGUUGGUGCUUUAUUGUAA